AUGGUGACUUUGCGGGCACCAGGCGGGGCUGCAUCGUCAGCAGGAAAGCGGGUACCCCCUACAAAGGGCUCUUGCGAUGCCAGGGACUCGCAGAACGUCAGGAUCAAGACGAACCCUCGUUACUGGGUCCAGCGGGGUCGCACGGCCGCGCGGAGCACCGCGUCGCCCGGCGCCGCGGCCUCGGCGCCCGCUGACGCUGCCGAGCAGCUCGCCGCAGUGGCAGCCAUCCUCGCGGCGCACGACGGCGGCGACGGCGCCGCCGAGGCCAUCGGCAGCGGCACGGCCAUGGACUCCGUCGAGGACGACGCGCGCCGCCUGCUGCUCCGCGGGCCCCCAGAGGCGCUUGAUGUCGAUGCGCUCGCCACCGCGGUCGGCAUCCUCCGCGCGCGCCUCGACGACGACGGCGCUGCCUGCGCCCUGUCCGGCCGCCUGCUCGACCUGCUCGCCCUCCUCGAAGCCCGGCCGCGCCGCGGCGGCGGCGAUGGCGGCGCGAGCCCCGGCAGCAGCGGCGGCAGCAGCACCGGCGGCGGGCCGGACGAGACGAUAGAGUCCGCGGCGCACGGGUUUUGGGGCGGCGGAGACGAGUGGUCUGAUAUCAGGGCGGCGCUGAUGGGCAUUGGGGUAGACGUAACCCUGGAUGAGGAUGACGCGCUCGACCUCGGCCUCGAGGGCGGCGGCGAUGGCGGCGGCGGCGGGCGGGUGGGCGCCGCGGCGGCGGCAGCGGAGGGCGACGCCGGCGAGGGCGGCGGCGAGGGCGAGGGCGAGGACGCGUUGUGGUGGGAGGCAGUGACAGGCGCUUACAGCUUGCUGUGGGAGGAGGCUAAGGCGCAGCAGGCAGAGGCGGAGUAG